AUGCCUCUUCCUGGUGCAUGCCUGAACAUUAUGGAGGCUCGUCACAAGCAGAAGGGAUAUGGGAGCAUCUCCAACCCUGAAAGGUUCUUUAACCAAGACUUCAAGAACCUGAAGCAGUACUGUCUAAUCAAAGGAGUAAGGUACCUCGAUGACAUGUUCCCCCCUGAUGCAAAGUCUAUUGGCCAGGGGAUACUGACGCCCUCCGACCUGGCCCGCGUGAAGUGGCUAAGACCUGCCCAAAUUGCUCCUGAUGCUGAAUUUGUGGUUGAUGGCGUCUCCAGAUUUGACUUUGGUCAAGGUGUACUUGGAAACUGCUGGUUUCUUGCAUCAAUCGGCGCACUGACUUUCCAGAAUCACAUCUUUAAACAAGUUGUUCCGCUCGACCAAACAAUCAAAGAGAACUACUGUGGCAUUUUUCACUUCAGGUUCUGGAGAUUCGGGCGGUGGGUGGACGUCGUCAUUGAUGACAAGUUGCCGACGAUCAAUGGCAGACUAAUCUUUGUUCACUCCAAAGAUCCAAAUGAGUUCUGGCCUGCUCUGCUGGAGAAAGCUUAUGCCAAGGUUUGUGGUUCCUACACCGACAUGACUUCUGGAACUCCUUCAGAGGCUAUGAUGGAUUUCACCGGUGGCGUCCACAUGUGCGUCCAGCUGUCGGACGCCAGUUCAGAUGUGUGGGGGCUGAUAUGCAGAGCUGGCAAAUCCAACACAUUGAUGGGCUGUGGUACACCUCAAGGGGAAACAUCUGCUAACACAGUUUUGCCAAAUGGACUGGUCCAAGGGCACGCCUACACUGUGACAGGGGUUAAAGAGCUUAUUAGCCAAGGAAAAGUUGUGAAGCUGAUCCGUUUGUGGAACCCCUGGGGCAAAGGAGAGUGGGUAGGAGACUGGAGUGAUCGGUCCCCCAUGUGGGACACUGUGAGUUCUCAAGACCGCCAAAUGUGCCUUUCAGUGGCCGAUGAUGGAGAGUUUUGGAUGACUUUUGAAGAUUUCUGUAAGUUCUACACAGAUCUUGACAUCUGUGGCCUGAAACCAGACUUCAUAGAUGGAAAAUCCUCUGCUCAGUGGAAGACCUCUGUGUACGAGGGUCGGUGGGUUGCUGGAACGACUGCUGGAGGCUGCAUAAAUAACAGAGACACUUUCUGGACAAAUCCACAGUAUCGAAUUAAGGUCGUAGGUGAAAACUCAGAGACCAAUGGGGAGAAAAACAUCCUAGUGUCUCUCAUGCAAAAGCCUGACAAGAGGAACAGACGCCUGGUGCAGAACCUCCACAUUGGUUUUGCUGUGUAUUUGGUGUCCGAAGACUACAAAACGCAAAGUGGGAAGUUUCCAGCAACGUUCUUCAACACCCAUCUGCCUGAUGCUCGGAGUGAUAAAUACAUGAAUGCCCGUGAGGUGAUAGAGUUCCUUAUGCUGAAGCCCGGUGAAUACCUGAUUGUGCCAUCCACCUUCAAACCCAACGAGACAGCCUCCUUCAUCCUCACCAUCCACUCAAGAGAAGAGACAUGUUGCUAUGAGAAUUCAAAUGCAAAUGAGCAGAAAUAUGAGCCAGUUGAAAAGGUCACAAAAGUAAAAAACCAUCAGGAUGAUGAAAACAAGAAAACAUUCUUCCGUCAAUACUCUGACAAGUAUGAAGAAGUGGAUGCUGAGCAGCUCCAGAGGGUUCUAAAUGAAAACAUCCUGAAAGGAGACAUGAAAUCUGGAGGGUUCAGCCUUGAUGCCUGUCGCAGCAUGGUGGCUCUAAUGGAUACGUCAAUCACAGGCAAACUAAACAGUGAGGAAUUCGUCCGUCUGUGGAAAAAGGUCACUAAAUACAAGGAGACUUUCUUCCUCACCGACGUUUCAAAAACAGGAACGCUGUCACUGAGUGAGCUGAGGAAUGCAUUUGUAGCUUCAGGAAUGAAGGUUGCAGAUGACAUGCUCAGUCUGAUGGCUCUGCGCUAUGGCGCCUCCUCUGGACACAUGACACUGGAGUGCUUCAUCAGUCUCAUGAUUCGCUUGGACUGCAUGAAGAAAAUCUUCAAACAGUUGUCUGAUGGAAAAUCCAUUAAUCUCAAGGAGUCAGAGUGGAUGUACGUUUCCAUGUACACUUAA